CAGCACGGGUCGGGGCGAGCAGCAGGGAGCCCGGGGCUGCCGCAGAGGGCCAGCGGGGGCCACCGAGCGCUGGUGGCUGCAGCCUGGCUUCGGUCUCGUCCCCAGCAGAGCAGGAGAGCAUCUUCGGUCCCCGGCAUCUGGGGUGUCCCCUGGCCAGGUAGGGGAGGUGAGGUCCCACGCUGGGGUCUGCAGCCGGGCAGGAUCCGUCCCCCUCCCACAAAGCUGCCCUGGGAGCGCGGCAGCAAGUGAUGGCCAUCAUGAGACCAGGCCCUGAAGACGGAAGCACCAGUCCCUGGGGCAGCUCCUGGCGUGGGCACAUGGCUGAGCCGCGUGACAGGGACCCCGCGCCCCGGCUGGACUUGGGCAAGAAGAUGAGCACGCCGCAGGACCUGAUGAUCGAGGAGCUCUCCCUGCGGAACAACCGCGGCUCCCAACUCUUCCAGCAGCGCCAGAGGCGGAUGCAGCGCUUUGUCUUUGAGCAUCCCAGCGGCUACAGGGAGCUCCCAGGGCUGGGGGCAGGUGGCUCACACCGCACCGAGAAAGGCGACCCAGAGGGAACGGCAAAUGAGUGGAUGGCAGAGGAGGACGCCGGGGGCCAGCAGAGUUAUCACUCCGAGCUCCACGUGGCAGCGUUGCCCCAGGGUGGCCCACCCGAAGUGCCCAAGAAGACAGAGAAAGUCUUGCAGAUGAGCAAAGUCCUCAACCCUGACGCUCUGGCCCCGGGAUACUCAGGGCCCCUCAAAGAAAUCCCCCCGGAGAAGUUCAACGUCACCGCCAUCCCCAAGGGCUACCGCUCCCCAUGGCAGGAGCUCCUCGGUGACAAGGACAACACUGUGCGUGGUGAGAACCAGCCGCCCAUGAGACCCUCUCCAUGGGACUUCAGGAGCUUCAACAGGGCUCCCGCCCCGUUUGACAGAGCACUGGUCAGCGACCCGUUCUCUGCGCCUGCCGCGGAGCUGGACAACCUGAGCGCUCUGGAGGCGAUCGCCCACAGACCCAGCUUCAACAGGGUGCCGCAAGGUUGGGUGCGGAUUCUACCGGAAAGCGAUGAGCUGUAGUACGCGCGCUCCCUUCCCCAUCGCCACGGAUGCUUUUAUUGCUAGACUUAAACAUACUUCGCACGGUAGGGGAGCGGGGAGCGAGUAUUCUUCGUGAAAGCUAAGCUAGUGGUCUCGGGUUGUCAUCUACUCCAAGGGGAUUUGAACAAGCUCAAGUCUGGGACCAUUUUGAAUUCCCCUCGUACCAGCCAUUGUCACAAGGGUGUUUAGUGCUAAGCUAAUCAGCCAAGUUCUCAUAGUUAAUGCAAGCAGAUCCCCGUAAGCUCCUGUACAAAACAUCCCGGACAGCCUGUCCUCUUCCCCGCCUCGUGGAAAGCGGCAGGACCGCCAGCCACAACACACCAAGCUGUCUCGCUGCUUCUUCACCGACACGCAGGGCCUGCUCUGACAGCUGGUGCCUUUGCAGAGAAAUUCCAUCUUUGGGACAACUCCACAUCUAUCGUUCCGGUCAGGACGGGGGAGGAGGUGAUAAUUGAAGAGCACCAGCAAAACAAGUUACCAGAGGCACUGGCGCGUUAAGAGCAAUUACCUUGGGCUUGGCUGGACAACAAAAACAAAUGAGGAACCGGGCAUCUGCCUGUUUAUCAACACGUGUACAGCACGGCCAGGAUAGAUGGGAGGGGAACACUGGGAGUUGGAAACGGGUGCCUGUUUUCCACAAGCUACUGGCUAGCGGUCGGCAGCUGUUAUUUUCCCCUUCCUACUGCUAUUUGCAUGCCUUGCUUAAAUGUCUAAGCCCUUGGAUUGACUUACACCAGAUUUGCUUCAUAUAGUUCAUCAAUAAGGAUCAGGCCCUGCCUGGACCAGCUGCGCUGCAAAAUUGCACCGGUCUGAAAGAUACCGCCAGGGUAUUCUGGCAACUUCAGCAUCAGCGGGAAGGAAAAGCAGCGCAGCCGUGACUCCAGAGCAAGCACAGGCUUCUCCGUGAACGCGAAAAUCAGCAGUGAGGAUUCGACUACACAAACAUUGUCAGCAGUGACACACAGUGGGACACGCAGCUAACAGCAGUCUAUAGGACAGUCAUCAGAACAUCUGGAAAACACUGCUAACCGCUAACAAAAAUCUCUAACUUAAUACAGGCUUUCUACAAUUGCUUUUGUCAGGUUCUUAAUGUUACCCUUGUUUAAUCUUGCAAAAGCAGGAGCAUCAGGAUAAAAGUUUCUUUUUCCACCACUGUGGUUAAACUGGGCAAGUAAAUUUUGCGGUAAAAAUGCAGUUAACAGCU